AUUUUCCCUUCUUCUUUUUCUCAAAAUUUUUAGCCUCUGAAAUUGAAUUUUUUUACUCCUAAUAAUAAUAACUCCCCUCAAAGCCCUAUAUUUUCUCUCAAAAAUAUCCGCGUACUCCCUCUGUAGCUCUCCAACCUCGCUCUUCGAAAAUGGCCAAUGCGGCGUCUGGGAUGGCUGUGGAUGAUGAUUGCAAGCUGAAAUUCUUGGAGCUGAAGGCGAAGAGGACUCAUCGUUUCAUAGUUUUUAAGAUAGAUGAGAAGCUGAAACAGGUUGUUGUGGAGAAACUUGGUGAACCCACUAUGAGCUACGAGGAUUUCACUGCGAGCCUUCCUGAGAACGAAUGCCGAUAUGCGAUUUAUGACUUUGAUUUUGUCACCGAGGAGAACUGCCAGAAGAGCAAGAUCUUCUUCAUUGCUUGGUCUCCAGACAUUGCGAGGGUGAGAAGUAAGAUGCUCUAUGCAAGCUCCAAGGACAGGUUCAAAAGGGAGUUGGAUGGUAUUCAGGUGGAGCUGCAAGCCACCGAUCCUACGGAGAUGGGCCUUGAUGUUAUCCGAGGUCGUGCCAAUUGAGUAUGUUUCUCAUUGCGGUCUGGUUGCUUUAAUGAUGUUCAUAGUUCCGUGGGUGGCGACUUUACUAGAUACCACAUAGACUUGUGGUUUCAGGUUAUAUUACAUACAAACUUUCCUGUUCUUAACCCUAUGUUGUUGGGCUGUCGUAUGAUUUGUUAUUUUGUGGAAUCUAUGUGAUGAAUCAUGAAUGUAUGUCUACUUGUAGCCUGACAUCUACAAGCUCAUGACAUGUAACAUUUUAUGUUUAGCCUGUAGGGAAGCACUCCCUUUUCUAUAUUUUUGUAGUGAAUGCUUGAUCCUUUCGAUGUUGGCGUGUUUUGAAAUACACAUAUGGUUUAGUGCCUUC